AUGGGCAACAGCUGCUGCUGUUGCCGCAGCGACAAGUCCGACAGAUAUAACACGUCCAGCAUCAAGCAGAUUAGCGUCAACGACAAUGCGGUGCCGCGUCUCCUGCUCAGCGACGGCUGCAACCGCUACACCCCCGAUCCGCAGCGCACGCACGCCGACGUGAUCCGCGCCCGCCCCACGCCCACCAGGGCGGCGCAGUUUCCGCCCGCCAAAGGGCGCAUCGUCAUCGCCAUGUACAACUACGAGGCGAGAGACAACACGGACGUCUCGUUCAAGAAGGGCGACCGCAUGGAAGUGACCGACGACUCGGAGGGCGACUGGCUCAAGGUGCUGCAUCUGAUCACGAAAGGGAGGGGCUACAUACCGGGGAACUUCGUGGCGCCCGAGCUCAGCGUCGAAAGCGAAGAUUGGUUCUUCGAGAACAUAUCGAGAAAAGAGGCCGAAAAACUGCUUCUGGCCGAAGAAAACAGUCGAGGAACGUUUUUGGUGCGACCGUCCGAACACAAUCCCAGCGGAUAUUCCUUGUCGGUAAAAGAUUGGGAAGAAUACCGGGGAUACCAUGUGAAACAUUACAAAAUCAAACCGUUGGAUAAUGGAGGUUUUUAUAUUUCCACCAACAAGACCUUCGAGUCUUUGGCCGAGCUGGUUAACGCAUACACCAAAAACGCAUAUGGCCUGUGCCACGUGCUGUCGAAACCAUGCCGGAAACCGGAACCGACGAUGUGGGACCUGGGUCCCACGUACCGUGACAAGUGGGAAAUCCCGCGCAGCGAGCUGCAACUCGUCAAAAAACUGGGACACGGCAAUUUCGGCGAAGUUUUCUACGGCAAAUGGAAGGAAAACUACGAGGUGGCAGUGAAGACCUUGAGGCAAGGCACCAUGUCCACCGACGCUUUCCUGGCGGAAGCCGCCAUCAUGAAGAAGUUCAGGCACAAGAGAUUGGUGGCUUUGUUUGGGGUUUGCAGCGAGGAGGAGCCCAUUUACAUCGUCCAAGAGUACAUGUCCAAAGGAAGCCUUCUGGAAUUCCUCAGAAACGACGAAGGCAAGCGCCUUCAGUUCGAGGACCUGAUCUACGUGGCCUUCCAAGUGGCCAGCGGCAUGGAGUACCUGGAGUCCAAGCAGCUGAUCCACCGCGACCUGGCCGCGCGCAACGUGCUCAUCGGCGAGAACAACAUCGCGAAGAUCUGCGACUUCGGUCUCGCGCGCGUGAUAGAAGACAACGAGUACUGCCCGAAGCAGGGCUCCAGGUUCCCCGUCAAGUGGACGGCCCCCGAGGCCAUAGUCUACGGCAAGUUCUCCAUCAAGUCGGACGUGUGGUCCUACGGGAUCCUGCUGAUGGAGCUGUUCACGUACGGGCAGGUCCCCUACCCGGGAAUGCACGGCCGGGAGGUGAUAGAAAUUAUCGACAAGGGCUACAGGAUGCCCAAACCCACCACCCAUUCCUUACCCGACGAGAUCUACCAGACGAUGUUGAACUGCUGGGACGCGAACCCCGAAAAACGCCCCACCUUCGAGUUUUUGACGCACUACUUCGAGAUUUUCAACGUCACGUCCGAGGUUCCGUACAGGGAGGUGCCCGAUUAAUAGGUGAGCACUUAAAAUUAUUUUUUAAGCGCUGCCAGAUCUCACGUCUGACGAAAUGUAAAGUGUAUACACAUUUUUUUAUUGUUUUAAUCGCAAAAAUUUAGCAACUCGCUUCGGGACGUUUGUGAUAUGUUUUAAUUUACGACGAUUUAGGCUAGUCAUGUAUAUAAGUUUUUUCUAAUUAAGAGCAAGUACUUAAAGGUGCAAUUUGGCUGAAAGUGAAAAAAUACCGCUUUUAUAACUUCUAUAAAAACAUUUAAAAAAUAUUAUAUUCUACUAGACUGGGCCAAAAAAAAAUUUUGUCUCAGAACUCCCAAACCAUUGAGUUUUUUUAGGAAAAUUUAUGCUCUACAAAUAAAGUCUUUUAACAUUUUUGUCUAAAUUCACUCAAUCAAAAGUUAUUCAAGGUUUUUUUCACUAUAGAUUUAUUUUUUUACGGAUGAUAAUUUGAUUUUGUUCUUUAUAAAUUUGUAUUACAUAUUAUGUUAAACUAAUUAACAAUUUCCCAUAUAAAAAUAACAUGAUUUUUAUUAUUUUCUAAAGAAAAUAUCUUCUUAAAGCAAAAAAAUUCGAAUGUGUUAUAUAUUUUUUUUUAAAUUUCCGUAAUUUUCUCAAGUUAAAAGAUCAAAUUGUAAAACUAACCAAUUUUUAAGGUAUGAUUUUAAGGAAAUGGUUUGGGAGUUGAGACAAAACUUGGUCAAGAAAAAAAAUUAAAAUUGCGAUGAUGGACCUCUUAAUAUUAAUAUUAUGGACUCAAACUUUCACAAUAUUUUUUUUUGUCCUCCAAAACAAUAUUUUCAACAUACUUUACGAAAAAAAAUAGUCGAUUUUUUUGGCCCAGUCCACACUUCGCGUCAAAAUUAACGCAUAUGUAAAAAAAUUCAAACUAAAAAGCCUUUAUGAAUUUUUUUAUAAAAAUACUUCAACUUAUAUCUCAGUUUACGUGUUCAGGGGUUUUUCGAGAAAAUAAUUUUAAAGCCCUUUUAUUUAAUAACAAAAAAAACGUUCGAAAAAUAACUUUUAAGUAAAUAAAAACAGCAUAUUUUUUAAUUACUUCAAAAAAAUUUCCCUAUAAAAAUUUCUUUUCGAGCGUUUUUUAUUAUUUAAUAAAAGGGCUUUAAGGAUAUUUUCU